AUCCACAAACCACAAAACCGAAUCCUCUGUAUGGUGGUAACUGGAAAGCCUGUACAGCUGAACUGCCAAACAACGGCCCGAGGUUCGAUCGUAGCUGACGCAGCGAGAGCCAGCUUUGUUGCAAGGAAAGGGUAAAAAGAGGCCCCGAUGCAAGUCCUCCGAAUGUCAGCCGGCGAGUUUGGUGCGCGUAGACUGUGCAGAAAAUUGAGCGAUAUUUUAGAGCCACAGUUUGAGCCCCACCUGAGACGAAGCGCACCCCCGUUAGUAUAUAAAUUGGUUCGCUCGUUGCAAUCGUAGCUCAUUGUGGAUCCCAGGUUGUAAAGCAAAGGAACGUACCGUUAAUCCCGUUUUGGUGAAGAUUCGCAGUGAAUAAUUUGUGAUUGUACCAAUCGAAAGGACUUUUUCCAAGGGCAGUGAUAGUGUGUUCAGUGGUGACCAAAAACAGAUCACUUGUGAGGAUCUCGCUAAACCAAAAUGCGUGCGAUAGUGCUAUUUUCGAUUCUGUGCGUUGGGCUAGCAUCUGCCCUUCCUCAGCAAGCCAUUGAUCCUGCCUACCUGCGUCAGUACUACCAACAGAUUGCAGAGCAAGCGAUCGCUCAGGGAAAUCCAGCGGAACCACGAGCUGAUGCAACGCCCAUUCACGAACAGGGAGCUCAAGAACAACAGCACGUUCCGCAGUACGUCCAACAAGGACAACAGAUUCGACUACGGGACAACGUUCAGGAUCAGAUUCAACGGCAGUACCAGCAACAGCAGGCGGUUCGGCAAUACCAGCCUCAAUAUCAACCGCAACAAGUCCAGUACGUUCAGGAACAACAGUACGCUCAACCGAAGCAGCUGAAGGUGUCCAAACCACGACCGGCCCAACAGUACCAAUCGCUGGGCCAGGGAGGCCAACGGCAGCUCGAGGAGGAUGAAGACUUUGAUGCCAACCCAUCCUACCAGUUCGGUUUCGACGUGAAGGACGAUGAGUACACCAACUAUCAGAACCGUAAGGAACAGCGCGAGGGUAACGUGAUCAAGGGCAGUUAUUCGGUCGUCGACUCCGAUGGGUUCAUCCGUACUGUUACGUACACCGCCGAUCCGAAGGAAGGUUUCAGGGCGGAAGUCAGCCGUCAGCCGACCGACAUCGUAGUCAAAAUCCCCAAGCCUAAUCCGGAGUACCAGCAGCAGCAGGGUCAGGUGCAGCAGCAUCGCAUCCAGCCACAACAACAGAAACCUCGACCGGACUACACCCAGUACCAGUGAGGGGCCGGUUGGAGCUCGCAAGAAGAAGGCUGAUGACAUACAGAAAGACUUCGGAGCUUAGUUCCGGUCCAUUUCCUUUCCCAACCAACGCAUUCCACUCAUCUCAUCCCGUGUCCUCCUAUCCCGAAAAUUUCGUAUCUCAUCAUCUUAGAAGCAAGGUAUAAUUUAUAAUAUUGUAAUAAUAAUUGUAGUUUGUAUUAUUCUAUGUUAGAACAAGAUACCGUUAUUCAACAAAAAAAAACGCUAUCCAAUAACGAAAUGUUGCCGAUCAGAACCGAAAUCUUUAAAUUAUCACUGUGAAUCACUACAGCAACGUUCAAGUCAGAUUGUGAAAUUUAUUUGCCAUCAUACGCGAUUCGCAGUUAUUUACGCGACUGCUUAUCACAAUUUGUACUGUCGCGUACGCACUCUGCUGUUUACUUACAUUCUCAACCAUACACAGUGUUCCUAUGAAAACAAAAAAGAAAAUACCGCUGCCUCUCGGUUCGGGUUUCGGCAACGAUCAUUAAUUCACCAACUGAAUUGUAAAGCCAAGUAACAG